AUGAUGCGAGGUUUCAAGCAAAAGUUAAUAAAGAAAACUACUGGAUCAUCUUCAUCAAAUCAAAAGAAGAAGGUCAAGGAUGUUAAUAAGAAGCCAAGCAAUUCCACCCCUUCAUCUACGGCAAGUUCUACUUUGAGUAGUUCUUCUAGGUCUUCGUUGGAUAAAAAAGAUCAGAAAGGCUCACCGGGUGCCAAUUCUGAAAAACAACCUAAACCCAAGGAUACCGGAAAGACGAGUGCACCCACUGUACCGGCGAAUGCACCGGCACAAAUAUCUGGGAAGGUUAAAUUGGCGACUGCAGGUCCCUUACAAAGCGUUAGUGGUUUGUCUCAAAAGAAAGACGACAUUAAUAAACAGUAUCCUACAUAUAUUGCAGGAGCAGUUUCUCCACCAAGCCCUCCGCUUGGUGGUGCGGUUCAUUUACAAAGGGAAGCUAUUCCCGGACAGGAGCAAGGGCAGUCACCGAAUGGAAUUGACAUUCCUCGUCCGUCGCAUUCGUUUGAGAGGUUACCAACUCCAACGAAGUUGAAUCCAGAUACAGAUCUUGAGUUGAUAAAGACUCCACAGAGGCAUUCUUCAUCAAGAUUCGAGCCCUCCAGGUAUACUCAAAUAAGCAAAUUACCCAGCUUUGAUGAUGUACCUCCGGAAGAGCAAAUUCCGUUAUUCAUAGCGAAGGUGGAUCAGUGCAAUAUUAUGUUUGACUUUAGCGAUCCAAGUUUCGAUAUACAUGGUAAAGAAAUCAAACGCCUUACUCUACAAGAAUUAAUUGAAUUUAUAGUCACGAAUCGAUUUACUUACACGGAGGAAAUGUAUGCCCAUGUUGUAAACAUGUUCAAGAUAAAUUUAUUCAGGCCGAUUCCGCCUCCUGUGAACCCGGUUGGCGAUGUAUAUGAUCCGGACGAAGACGAACCAGUUAAUGAAUUGGCUUGGCCACACAUGCAAUGCGUCUAUGAGUUUUUCUUAAGAUUUGUUGAAUCGCCGGACUUCAAUCACCAAAUUGCCAAGCAAUACAUCGGGCAGGAUUUUAUCCUAAAACUAUUAGAACUAUUUGACAGUGAGGAUAUUAGGGAAAGGGAUUGUCUCAAGACUACUCUACACAGAAUUUACGGCAAAUUUCUAUCUCUAAGAUCCUUCAUCCGGCGUUCUAUAAACAACAUUUUUCUACAAUUCGUCUACGAGACAGACCGUUUUAAUGGGAUAGCUGAGCUAUUAGAGAUAUUGGGGUCCAUAAUCAACGGCUUUGCAUUGCCCCUAAAGGAAGAGCAUAAAGUUUUCCUUGUACGUAUUCUAAUUCCCUUGCACAAAGUCCGUUGUUUGUCACUAUAUCAUCCACAACUGGCGUAUUGUAUUGUCCAGUUUUUGGAAAAGGAGCCGAUGUUGACAGAAGAAGUCGUUAUGGGAUUGCUACGUUAUUGGCCAAAGAUUAACUCAACAAAAGAAAUUAUGUUUUUGAAUGAGAUUGAAGAUAUUUUUGAGGUUAUCGAACCGCUGGAAUUUAUAAAAGUGGAGGUCCCUCUCUUUGUUCAGCUAGCAAAAUGUAUAUCGUCUCCGCAUUUUCAGGUCGCCGAAAAAGUAUUAAGUUACUGGAACAACGAAUACUUUUUAAACCUAUGCAUUGAGAAUGCUGAGGUUAUUCUACCGAUUAUUUUCCCCGCAUUGUAUGAAUUGACUUCACAAUUAGAUCUGGAAUCUCAAUUAGAUGAGGAAGGUAAUAGAAACCAAGACCCUUAUAUGCUCGUGGAGCAGGCGAUUAAUUCCGGAUCAUGGAAUCGCGCCAUUCAUGCCAUGGCAUUUAAAGCCUUGAAGAUAUUCUUGGAGACUAACCCGGUGUUAUAUGAAAACUGUAAUUCUUUAUAUCUAUCAAGUGUUAAAGAAUCACAGAGACGUCGCGAACGGAGGGAAGAAAACUGGCAUAAAUUACAGGAGUAUGUUAAGGAUUUAAAUAUCAGCAGCGUAGAGAAUCCAGUAACGAUUAGCGAAGUCAGCAGGGAUCAACUCCAUUGA